AUGGCUCGGAACUGGUUUACUGUCGCUUCCCGUGGCCUGUCGCUCUUGAGCAAUGGAGCGUUACUUGCCUAUGGCUUCGACAACACCAGACAAGACAACCUCGCGGUCUACUGGGGACAGGAUUCUUACGGGGCGACUAGCAGUAACACUGCGUACUACCAACAGGCGAUCAACUACUAUUGCCAGGACGAUGUGAUCGACGCGAUCCCCAUAGCGUUCCUUAAUGUCUUCUUUGGCGAGGGUGGUUAUCCGUCAAUUGAUUUGGCCAACACCUGUAGCACCGCUGACGAUCCAGUGUUCAAUGGGACGCAGAUGCCGGAUUGUAGUUUCCUCGCUUCGGACAUUGAGGCUUGUCAAUCAGCAGGCAAGAUCGUGACGAUCAGUCUUGGCGGCGCAACCGGUGCAAUAGGCUUCAGCAACGAGAGUCAGGCAGAAGAAUUCGCACAAACUAUCUGGAAUGUCUUCUUGGGAGGGUCUAGCGACGUUCGACCUUUCGGAGCCGCGGUUUUGGAUGGGAUUGACUUGGACAUUGAAGGUGGUUCCACGUCGUAUUUCACCAACUUCGUAUCCACCCUUCGCGGUUACAUGAACGGGGGAAGCAAGCAAUACUACAUCACGGCUGCCCCACAGUGCCCCUUCCCCGACGCAUAUGUGGGAAGUAUCAUCGACGCCGAGCCAUUUGAUGCUAUCUACGUCCAAUUUUACAACAACUACUGCGAGUUGACCGAGUAUAACGAUACCAACGAUUGGGAUUUCUCUACUUGGGAUAACUGGGCGAAGACCACGUCGCCGAAUCCGAGUGUGAAGGUCUACAUUGGAGCUCCUGCAGCGUCUGCUGCAGCUGGUAGUGGUUACGUAGACGCCGCCACCCUCGGAGAAAUCGCGAUCCAGACGCGUGAACAGUACUCCUCCUUCGGUGGUGUCAUGUUGUGGGAUGCUUCCCAGGCUUAUGGGAACGAUCGGUACGACGCUCAGGUAAAGAGCUCGAUCACAGAAAGUGGUGGUGCGACCACCACCCCGACCUCAACGCCCACGACAUCUCCGACUUCAGCACCGACAACGUCGCCGACUACUACGCCAGCGCCGACUACGUCACCCACUACCACCACACCACCAGCCAGCACCACCACAGCUUCUGGCGGAACAGUCGAUUGUACAGGCGUGAAUACGUGGGUCUCCAAUGUCGCCUAUGUGGGUGGCGACCAAGUUGUCUACGGUGGCGAUUUAUGGACUGCGAAGUGGUGGAGCUACGCCGACAUUCCUGGAGGCGCUGCUGGUGAUUGGACGAAUGAUGGCGUGUGCGCUGCCACCAACUUACAGGCAGGCGAAUACGUCAAGGUGCAGUACCAGAGCAAGGAGGCGCCUUUGACCGCCCAGGCCAAGGCCACUGUCGCCCGCUUCAGUGUCCCCACACCCGUUCAGGUGUGGUCGAGGUUCUUCAGAUUCUAG